AUGUCUAUACACGAAACUCCAACUUCCGGAUUGACUGGUAAAAUAUUGAAUCUCGAAAUGACCACAAGCGGAUCUUCUCUCACUGACAAAUUGGCCGCCGAGGCUGCCGCCGCCGACGUCCUGACUGCGUCUGACUCCUUGGCUGGCAAGCCAAAGGACAUUGUUCGUCCAAAGCAUAUCAUCGAAGGUGGUGCUGAGCAAAUGCAAAAAACCGAAUCGGAAAUUGCAGCUGCUGCAGCAGAGCACCGUGAGUUCAUGAAAAGCCACAAGGUACACAGACAUCAACUAAAGGCACAGGAGAAGGAUGAGCCAUUGUUGGCCGAGAACAAGCGCCGUUUCGUCAUGUUCCCAAUCAAGUUCCACGAGAUCUGGCAAAUGUACAAAAAGGCUGAGGCUUCCUUCUGGACUGCUGAGGAGAUCGAUUUGUCCAAGGAUAUCGGCGACUGGAACAACAAGUUGACUGACAACGAACGUUUCUUCAUUUCUCGUGUCUUGGCUUUCUUUGCUGCCUCUGACGGUAUCGUCAACGAGAACUUGGUCGAGAACUUCUCUGCCGAGGUUCAAAGCCCUGAGGCCAAGUGUUUCUACGGUUUCCAGAUCAUGAUGGAGAACAUUCACUCCGAAACAUAUUCUUUGUUGAUUGACUCUUAUAUCAAAGACCCAAAGGAGGCCGACUUCUUGUUCAACGCCAUCGAGAACAUUUCAUGCAUUAAGAAGAAGGCUGAUUGGGCUUUGCGCUGGAUCAACGACGACGAGGCUCUCUUUGGUGAGCGUUUGGUCGCUUUUGCCGCUGUUGAGGGUGUCUUCUUCUCCGGCUCUUUUGCAUCUAUCUUUUGGUUGAAGAAGAGAGGCUUGAUGCCAGGUCUUACCUUCUCCAACGAAUUGAUUUGUCGUGAUGAAGGUUUGCACACUGACUUUGCUUGCUUGUUGUUCUCCCACUUGAACAACAGACCAGACCCAAAGAUCGUUGAGAGAAUCAUCACUGAGGCUGUUGACAUCGAGAAGGAGUACUUCACCGAUGCCUUGCCAGUCAGCUUGUUGGGUAUGAACUGCGCUUUGAUGUGUCAAUACGUUGAGUUCGUUGCCGACAGAUUGCUUGUGGCCUUGGGCAACAAGAAGGUCUACAAUGUCACCAACCCAUUCGACUUCAUGGAGAACAUUUCAUUGGCCGGCAAGACCAACUUCUUCGAGAAGAGAGUCUCAGACUACCAAAAGGCAGGUGUCAUGGCCAAGUCUAACGAUGCUAGCGCCUCGAACCACGACUUCUCCUUUGACGAUGAUUUUUAG